AUGCAAAAGACAAAACAUAAAAAUGCUGCAAAGAAUUAUAUACUUACACAAAGUAGAGAUAGUAGUGGAAGAUUUUCAAAACCUGCAGGUACAGAAAGUAGUGAUUCAGAAUAUAGUGAUCUAGAAUAUAGUGAUCCAGAACUUUUGGUUUAUGAAUCCGAGAACAAUAAUGAGGAAUACUUUAAUAAUGAAGAGAUGAAACUUGAUGAUGAAGAAGCUGAGCAUUCAAAACUAAAAAAAUUAGAAGUUAAAUAUGAGAUGUCAGAUUCAGACAUAAGUGAUUCAGAUAUAGAAAAUAACAGUUCCAUUUCAGAGCAAAUAAAUAAAUUAAAGAAUAAACUUAAAGAUGUGAAAAAUAUGAAUGCUUAUGAAUAUCUUUGCUUUCUGGCUGUGCAUAAAUAUCUUACUGCAAUCUUUAACCAUGAAGAGUUACAUUCUCGCAUAAAACUAAGUCUUGAAAUAUCACAACAAGUCUUUCAAUAUGGUCCAUGGAUGGCACGUUGCAUUCAAACUUUAUCUGUCUCUAAGCAAGAACAACAAAAAUACAUAUCAACUCUUAUUGAUAAUAAGAAUGUGCAAAAUUCUUGUUUGCGUUUUAUUCAUACUACAGGAGAAAGAUUAACUGUUGAUAAAUUUCAAAACUAUAUUCAGAACAAUAUCUUACCUAAUCAAGAUAUUUAUUAUAAUGGCCAUGAAUGCCCUGAUGUUGUACAAUACCGUGCUGUAUUUCUUGAAAAAAUGAAAGAUCUUGAAGCUUUAAUGCCACAAUUUGUUGACGACAAUAUGGAAACAGUCAUUAAUCCUGAAAUAAAUAAAGAAAAACAAGUUUAUAUUCUUGUCACUCAUGAUGAGUGUACAUUCUAUGCUAAUGAUAGUUAUCCUUCAGUAUGGGCUCCUCUUGGUAUGCUGCCACUACAUAAAAAAGGAAAGGGUAAAGCACUUAUGGUUUCAGAAUUUUUAACUGAGACCCGUGGUUGCCUUACAAUUACACCUGCAGAAAUAAAUGAAUUAAACCUGUCAUCAACAUUCCCACAAGAAGCUCGUGUUAUUGUUAAACCUGGAAAAAAUGAUGAUGGCUGGUGGAAUGCUUCUGACAUGCUUAUGCAAGUAUCCAAUAAAGCAAUUCUCAUUUUUGAAGCAACACACCCAAACUGUAUUGGUAUCUUUGCAUUUGAUAGUAGCACCAAUCAUAGUGCUCUUGCAAGUGAUGCAUUAUGUGCUAAAAAUAUGAAUCUUUUUCCUGUUACUCAGCCAAUGAUUUUUCCCAAUGAUCUUCCUCUUGACGAUGAUAAUUAUAUAUUUUGUAAUCAGCCAAAGGAUAUUCAACAACCUGAUUUUACUAUGCAAAAAUCAGCAUUAGAGGAACUUAUUGUUGAACGAGGACAUAUUUGUAUAUUUUAUCCGAAGUUUUACUGUGAGUUAAAUUUCAUUGAACAAUACUGGGGUGCCGCAAAACGUUAUGCUCAUGAGCAUUGUGAUUAUUCUUGGGCUAGAUUACAGGUUACUGUACCUGAAAUAUUUGAUUCAGUAUUACUUACAACUAUACGUCAUUUUGCAUGA